UACACAAACUUCCAAAAUCUCAAAUGAUUCCUAGCCUCUCCUCACCGGCCUUGUAUGUAAUGUAAUGUAGUUGUACCACUACGACUAAUCGACACUCUCUCCUCCUCCAAAUCAGAAAAAAUGAAACCCCACGUUCACAUCAUCACCUCUAAUUUUAGUCCUUCACCCCCACCUCACCUUCUCAUACCACGCCGUCUCCCUUCCUUUACUCGCCUCCUCACUCUCUCUCUCCACCCUCACGACAACCCCCACGAUGCUCGCCGCCGCUCCUCCGCAGUCUCUCGGCGCGCCGUUUUAGUCACUCCGUUUCUCGCCCCCGCUGGCUCUCUCCUCCUACAACAAUCCCAGUCCUUGGCCGAGGAGAUAACGCCGCCUUCCCCUCCGGUGACUUCGCCUCCGCCUAAGGUGGUCGUAGAGGAUGCGCUUGUGUCGGCGAGGAUAUACGACGCUACAGCUAUCGGGGAGCCGUUGGCGGUGGGGAAAGAUAAGAGCAAAGUGUGGGAGAAGUUGAUGAAUGCCAGGAUUGUUUAUUUAGGAGAAGCUGAGCAAGUUCCAAUUAGAGACGAUAAAGAAUUGGAGCUUGAGAUUGUUAAGAAUUUGGAAAACCGCUGCGUUGAGAACCAGAGGCCGUUGGCUUUGGCUCUCGAAGCUUUUCCUUCCGAUUUACAAAACCAACUCGAUCAGUUUAUGGCUAAAAGGAUAGAUGGAGAAGGGCUGAAAUCUUUUGUUUCACAUUGGUCAGCUCAAAGGUGGCAGGAGUAUGAACCCAUUUUAAAUUAUUGUCGCGAUAAUGAAGUUCGCCUUGUUGCUUGUGGAACUCCAUUAAAGAUCCUAAGGACUGUGCAAGCUGAAGGUAUUCGUGGCCUCUCUAAGGCUGAGCGUAAGGCAUAUGCUCCUCCAGCUGGUUCAGGUUUCAUAUCAGGCUUUAGUUCUAUUUCACGCAGAUCGACUAUGGAAAAUCAUUUCCCGACUCAGUCAAUUCCCUUCGGUCCAAGUUCAUAUUUAUCUGCACAAGCAAGAGUGGUUGACGAAUAUAACAUGUCCCAAAUUAUUCUGAAAGAAGUUUCAGAUGGAGGAGCCACAAGUUUGUUAGUAGUUGUGACUGGUGCAAACCAUGUCCAAUUUGGUUCUAGAGGGACAGGGGUGCCUGCCAGAAUUUCAAAAAAGAUUCAGAAGAAGAACCAAGUGGCUAUUCUUCUUAAUCCCGAAAGGCAAUACAUAAGAAGAGAGGGAGACGUCCCUGUUGCUGAUUUCUUGUGGUAUUCUGCAGCCAGACCUUGCAGUCGGAAUUGUUUUGAUCGUGCUGAAAUUGCUCGAGUCAUGAAUGCAGCUGGCAGGCAGCGAGAAGCCCUACCCCAGGACCUUCAAAAAGGACUUGACCUUGGUUUAGUAUCUCCAGAGGUCCUGCAGAACUUUUUUGAUCUGGAGCAAUAUCCUCUUAUUUCAGAGCUCACUCAUCGCUUCCAGGGAUUCAGGGAAAGAUUGUUAGCUGAUCCCAAGUUCUUGCAUAGACUAGCUAUAGAAGAAGCUAUAUCGAUAACAACUACUCUCUUAGCACAGUAUGAGAGGCGUAAAGAAAAUUUCUUUGAAGAGCUUGACUAUGUUAUUACUGACACGGCCCGAGGAAUAGUUGUUGAUUUCUUUACCGUAUGGCUUCCUGCCCCAACUAUCUCAUUCCUCUCAAAUGCUGAUGGAGCUGACAACAUGGAUGCUAUAAAAGGUCUCCUUGGUUCAAUACCCGAUAAUGCAUUUCAGAAGAAUCUUGCUGGGAAGGAUUGGAACAUCAGUCACAGAUUAGCAUCUGUGCUUGUUGGUGGUCUGAAACUGGCUAGUGUUGGAUUUAUUUCCAGCAUUGGAGCUGUGGCUUCCUCAAAUAUUUUGUAUGCAGUUCGAAAAAUCUUCAAUCCAGAAUUGGUUUCUAACCAACAAGUUAAAAGAUCACCUAUACUCAAAACAGCUCUUGUUUAUGGAGGCUUUCUAGGGACAUCUGCAAAUCUUCGUUAUCAGAUUAUUGCUGGAAUCGUGGAGCAUCGAAUUUCUGAUGAAUUUUCUUCUCAAAUCUUUCUUGUGAAUAUGCUUUCCUUUUUUGUUCGGACUAUCAAUUCUUACUGGGGAACUCAGCAAUGGGUUGAUCUUGCUCGCUUCUCGGGAUUGCAAACUCGGAAGAACGAACAACCUUCUUACCUGACUUCAGAUUCUCCUAAUCCAGCAGCACUGGAAUGCGGUGCUGCAGAAGAGGCCAAUAUCGACGAAUUCAAGAAUCAGUGAGGUGAAUCUGUAUUUUUAUGUUGUCAUUUUGAGAUUUAUUUUUGCUUUUCUUGCCCCUCUGAACCACAGUACCACAAGAAAAAAAAACCCUUGAAUACAAAAUUCUUUCAAAAUUUGGAGAACACAAGGAUGAGAUAGGAGCAUUAGCCACAAAAUAUAUUGCGAGUACAUUGAUUCAAUGCAAGCUGAAAAUCAUGUAAUAAGAGAAUGAAUGGCUUCAUCCUUGAUUUUGGGACAUUUUCUCCAAAACAAGAUAUGUUGAAUUAAAAGCUCUUCUGUAUAUGAAAUUGUUUUAUGUAAAUUUAGCAUCAAUAAUUUACCUUGUAAAGCCACAACUAUAUAGUUUGCCUUUUAAAUAUGAAUUGUCUUCAUAUUUGUGGACCCAGAAUAA